AUGGGAAUUGGAAUAACUCCUACUCCAUUAAGCAAAUUACCACCUGGAGGAAAAAUAAUUUGUCCAAAGUCUGAAAAAGCCAAAGCCUUACAAGAAAUAAUGGAUUAUGCCAAAUUGGGUCUUGAUAUAGAAGAUGAAAGACUUUACGAUCUAAUGAAAAUUGAUCUUGCAAUUCUUAAUAUUGCAAGAAGGAUUGGAGAGAAUCCUACUAUGAAUAUAGUUAAUACAUCCCGAACUGUUAGAAAAAAGAAACCACCUGUUAUAAAGAGAGUUAUUAAAAAGGUUGUUAGACCCAAAAAUAAACGAGUAAACUUGGAUACCUAUGAAGAAGCAACAAAAGAUCCUAAUAAUGAGAAAGAGGAAGUUUAUGAAGAGAUAAUUUAUGAGAAUGAGGAUAAUGAAAAUGUCGACUAUGAAUCUUGUAAAAAAAAAGUAGCUAAAAAACCAUUACUAGCUAAGCCAGCUCACAAUAAUUAUAAAAAGAUAGAGCAAAAAGUUAAAUUGGCAAGCUCUAUGGCUUUAGAUGAACCUAUGAAUAUUAAUUUGAUACGUCGUCCUGCUAAUGAUCUUACAACUGCUGAAUAUAGAAUUAAUAUUAUUUUAAUUCCCAAAGCAGUAUUGGAUGGAGGUGCUCAGUGUACUAUGAUAA